AUGAGGAAUCGGGAGAAUCCAACAAAAUGGGAGAGCUAUAAACAAGUUAUAACAGCAGUUUCAGCCUAUUGGAUCUUUUCAAUUGGAUUAGUCUUCCUGAACAAAUAUCUUCUGUCUAGUGUGAAGCUCGACGCUCCUCUCUUCAUCACAUGGUAUCAAUGCCUGGUUACUGUAUUUCUAUGCCUCCUGUUAAGCAAAAUUUCCAAAAAUUAUGGCAUCUUCAAGUUCCCAUCUAUGCCAAUUGAUGCCAAAAUCAGCAGAGAAGUGUUACCGCUUUCUGUGGUCUUUGUCGCUAUGAUUUCAUUCAACAACCUAUGUCUUAAAUAUGUCGGCGUCAGUUUCUACUACGUGGGUCGCAGUUUGACGACGGUAUUCAACGUCGUCUGUACUUAUCUGAUCCUCGGACAAAAGACAUCAGGACAAGCGAUCGCUUGUUGUGGCCUCAUUAUUUUCGGAUUCUUUUUGGGAGUGGAUCAAGAAGGAGCAACUGGAUCUUUAUCGUAUACUGGAGUUAUUUUCGGAGUUUUAGCGAGUCUCUCAGUUGCUCUUAAUGCUAUCUAUACUAGAAAAGUACUCUCAUCCGUUGGUGACUGUCUGUGGCGUCUCACAAUGUACAACAACCUGAAUGCAUUGGUUUUGUUCCUCCCGCUGAUGCUUUUCAAUGGAGAGUUUGGAGCCGUGUUCUACUUCGACAAUCUUUUCGAUACCACUUUCUGGAUUCUGAUGACUCUUGGUGGUGUCUUCGGCUUCAUGAUGGGCUACGUCACUGGCUGGCAGAUUCAAGCAACAUCUCCAUUGACUCAUAACAUUUCGGGAACUGCAAAGGCGGCUACGCAAACUGUGAUGGCUGUCAUGUGGUACUCCGAGCUGAAAACUCUUCUAUGGUGGACAAGCAACUUUGUCGUGUUGUUUGGAUCUGCCGCGUACACCUACGUCCAAAAGCGGGUUAUGGAUAAGAAAAAUUCUGGAGCAUCUCCAGCCAGCCAGGCAAAGUCUGACGAGAUCAAGUUGUUGGGACGAGAUGGAGAUGCAGCUGAAGAAGCGGUUUAA